UAGAGGGCAGUGUUUAAAUUUUAUGGAGCGAACUUGACCGAAGUUGAAUGAAGGGUGGACCAACGAGGAAUGAUUUGCCUGAUUUACAUGUAUGAAAACAAUAGUUGAAAAUAUGUAUUUAUAAGAUGCCCUGGACGUCUCAGCAUGGCUAACUUUACUUUCCAAGACUUCCAAAGGCUGAGUGCAGACCCUGAUGCCUACUCAGCAUUGCGGGCGGAGUCCAAGUACAUCCAGUCAUCCCCCAAAAUAAUCUCCUUGCCUUGCCGACUUCAAUUUGUCCGCAAUGUUAAGGGGUACUUCUAUUUAGGGUUCAUCGUCUUCACCUGGGCCUACAAUACCUACAUCGUACCUGAAAUAAUACUGCUACCACAGUAUUAUGAGGGCAAUAUAGGUCUGGUUCCUGUUUUAUGUUACUAUGCAGUUUCGUUGUUCACCGUUGUAGCCUUGUUCAGGUCAGUCACAUGUGACCCAGGACGUUUGCCCUUUGACCUGAAGCCAACAUCCCAUGAUCAGCUGAACUGGACCCAUUGCCAACGAUGCCUGAUCCAGCGCCCACUCAAGUCACACCACUGUAGCAAGUGUCAACGAUGCAUCCGCAAGAUGGAUCACCAUUGUCACUGGAUAAAUAAUUGUGUAGCUGAGGACAAUCAGUGGUUAUUCAUCUUGCUUGUCCUGUAUGCUGCCAUACUGAGCAUCUACACAUUGGUGCUAGACACGCUUCAUUUUUACUACCUCCCUGCAUGCCAGACUUGUGAUAGUACAUCCUUUAUAGUGAAACACCAAAGAUAUUUCAUGUACGUUUCCUUUGUACUUGGUAUCAUCCUUACAUCGCUGGCUGGGACUCAGGUCUUGCAACAGACUAUAAAUAUCAUCACAAACCUGUCAACAGUUGAAUCUAUAAUUCAUGCACGCAAGCCCAUCCAUGAAAGGCCAGCAGUGAUUCCUCGGUCAGCGUAUGACAGCUUCCGUGAAGUCUGUGGACCUGGGCCGAUACUGUGGUGGUUCAAUCCGUUCCGUCGUCAUUCAGCAAAACCUGAGAUCUAUUACUACCAACACACGGUGUGAAGAGUCAGUAGUAAUAUCUACAGCAAAGUUUUAGUUGCCUACAAGGAAUUGAUACAAAUUUCUCCACACUUCCUUCCUAACCCCAUAUGCCCCUCACCC